CUCUGCAGACUACAGCUGCGACCGUGCACUAGGCACCUGGAGCAGAGGCCAUUUCAUAAACAUUGCCAGGAUCACACAUAUUUCACAUUAUAUUUUACUUAUUUAUGACGUGUUUAACGUGGCUUUGUCACCAAAUGACUUUGACAAGUCAAUCCUGGAUAUGAUUCUCCAGAGACGUGCAAUCACUGCCGUUAGGCUAUCUCUAUCAGUAUGUACAAUGGUAGCCUGUGCGUAAUAUGCCAACGGUCGCAUCACUUUUACCCCCCUACAAAUAAUACAUUUCGGUUUUACGUUUUUGGUGUAAAGAAUUAAGCACAUGGCCUACUACACAUGGCCAAUUGAUAUCAAUUGAAUUACUGUUGACCACAUAACAUUGAGGGAAUGGUCACCAAUACUAACAUAAAUAAAUAUGUGACCCAUUCACUUACAUAUGGAAUUUUCUUGUUUUAGAAUGCUGCAUUUCACAUGAAAUAUGUUGUUUCGGUAACUGAUCAAGUCUGCAGGAGAUGUACUCACAUAGAUAGUUAGAAAAUGUUUUGGUGUCCGGCAUUUUCAGCAGUGUGCAAUGGURGGUACGCCAGUGCAACAUUGUAUCACUUCGUGCGUGAAAUGUUUUAGACGUGCCUAAAAUUAAAUUUACCCCAAAACGUAUUUUUGCAAUAUAUUGUGGUUGUAAUGACCACGUUAUUUACAUACUAACAGAAUAUUUUACACUUUUUUUUAAAAACUGAUGAACGAAUUCAUUCCACAUUGAGAAUGGACAUGACUUUUGUUCAACAGCCCAAUGAGACCGAUGCAUGAACACAACCCGACCUGGGUCUAGCCCUAUUGAGGCGAUGGUCACUAAGUCGUCAAAUAUUGGCAUGACACACUGUCAAAAUAAAUGACGGCUUUACUGUCUCUGCACUACCCAUGGCUCUCUGAGACAACAGCCCAAUGAUUGACUACUAUGGGCACGUUAUAAUCCGACCAAAUAGUUAAACAUAUUCUACAUGCGAUAUUUGACAUGGAUCUAAUGGCAACGGUUUGACCUCCCUUUGGGUCAAUUCACAGAACAAUUCCUAUUUGUCUUCCCGAMUGAUUUGAUUAAGAUAAAAGGGCCCAUGCAAUUUAGAUUGAGGUAAGAAUAUUUAAGUAUAUGUGGAUUAAUAUGCAUGAAUUUACCAAAUGUUAAAGUUUAAUGAAAAAACAAACAUAUGCAAGGCCUUAGCUGUGAGGGCGCAUGACAACAGUUUUACAGGCUAUAAUUAGGUUACAAAUAUAAAUAGUCGCCUAAUAUCGAUGUGAACAGAAAAAUAAAGUUGAUAAAAAAUGCUAUUGAUAUCAUAUCGCAACUCAAUGUCUUCAUUAUGUAGUUGAAAAUAUUAGGCCUAAUAUAAUGACAACACACUAUAUAGCAUCACAAACAGCAGAGAUGAGCGGAAUGUUUUUAAAAAUAUUUUAUAUAACAUAUAUGGAGCUUCAGGCGCUUCAAUACGCGUUGGUUUCUGAAUCAAUGUGAGAGGAGAGGAAAAACGUUAUUAACAAUUAAAUCUCAUCGUCUAACAUAAAUCCAAAGACAAAAUAAAUGCGAAAUAUGUUUUGUGAUUUAUGCUAUAGUCUAGCGGUAUGGUUUGAUAGCAGGGAAUAAUCAACAAGAUUCACUUUUAUGUUUUCGACAACCGUUUCCUUCAACAGCAGACGUCCCGUUCCCUCUCAGCGUAUCAUUCUAAAGUAUAAACUCAUAUUUUAGCAAGUAUUAUUUKGGGCUUAAAUCUCUACCGCUCUUGUGCUGUUCUGUGCCGUUCAUCGGGCGCCACCUCCUGUGCCCCUGAUCCGCUUCAGUUCUGGGUCUCAAUCCGACAGGGCUCGUGAGCAAAAUUACCCCGGAUCAUAACAACAGGUCGGUUCCAUUACUUUUUCCUGGGACAAUGGACGGCGUCGUCUCUAUUCACUAAUACACAGAAACCGAUCCCGCGACGAGGAGGAGGACGAAGCGCAACGAGCGAGGAGGGGUGGUGGUGCGGUGCGGACGAACAAGCGAGCGGGUGGGAGGACGUGUCAAAUAUGUUUCUUUAUUUUAUCGGAUCAUUUUUGGCCAUUGAGAGAACUCCGAACCGCGUAAAAACUCCAAACGGCGGAAAAUUGCUUUUGAGAAAAGGACUUGUCUAUGUUCGAAAAUAUAUCCGGUAUUAUGAUGCACACAUUUUCCGACUCUGCAUAAAUUUUAUGAAUUUAAAUGACAUAUUUUCGUAAAAUUUGCACCGAAAUUAAGAUAUCUCUCUAUUGAUUAUCAGCUAUAGCCUUAGAGGCUCUACUUUGCAUUAUUGUCAUGUGUACUGUAGGCUAGGUGUUCAUUAGGCUACAUUGGGUAUAUUGCACUUCCAUAACUCUUAGUCACUCAGUAGUAAAAUAUGACAGUUAUAGUUUUGGUGUAACGGUUUAACUUUUGGAGAUUAGUUUAAAGUACAAUAACCUUUGCAUAACAACAAAACAUAUAUWUUUUUUUGCCUGAGGCUCGGCGCAGGCGCUCUGCCUGCUUGCUGUCGCUAAAACAUUUUUUUUGUUCACAUUGGAGACUGUCACAAGUGACGUCAAUCACGGGGCUCUGACCAAUUAGAAGGCGGGGUGAUUGUUUAGCUCCACGGGCUGCAGCGCCUACCAUGAAUCUCUAUUCACUAUCAACGCGUCCUGCUGCUGCCGGCCAACCGAAUGGGAUUCCAUGCAGCCACUGAGAUAGAAUCACAACUUUCGAACUUUUUUAAUAUAUGUUUUAGUUUGUUUUUCUAUAUUUUUCAUUGCAAUUAAAAUAUAUUUGUCAUCAUUGUUAUUUUGCCUGCUGUCAAGUUAUUCUAGAAUUAGGAGUAAUGAACAUGAAUGCUUUGGGAAGCCCUGUGAUGGACCCUACGAUUUCCAAACGGAACACGGCGCUGAGAUUAGUUGACUUGGUAGGGGCGCACCACCAUCACCAUCAUCACCACCAUACCCCUCAGAGCGUGACAGGCUUCCCGGGGUUCAGCAGCCAUCCCCACUCAAUGGCUCACUCGCACCCUGGGGAGAUUACUGCGGAACCCCGCCUGGGGCCGAGUCCAUUCGGGCCAGAACACAUGGGGCACUCCGCGGCCCUCAAAAUCAGCCCAGCCCAUCAUUACCCACACCACCAUCACCACCACAAUCAUCAUAUGGCAGGCCACAGUGAAGUGGUCUCCAGUCAAACGGGAGCUUUUGGCCCGGUGCAGGCGGCGACCGUCCCUUAUUCCAUGUCCCACGCGGCCCAGACGUUAUCCGCAGGUAGGGAUUUCCUCAUUCGGAGAGAUCUGACAGCUCAAGGCAUGCCGGUACUGACCGACCAGAGCCCCGGUUCAACCUCUCAUCACGGAAUGUUUGUCUCAACAACAGGUAGCUAUCCGGGACACUACGGCCAUCACCCUGAUGCUGGUAGCCAUGCCCUCUUCUCCGGACUCCACCAUGAACAGUCAUCUAGCGGAGCACCAGGUGGCCAAGCCAUGAAUGGACAAAUAAGGUUAGGAAUACCUAGCGAAAUGUAUGUUAGAUCUGAUCACUUGAGUCAAGUGGCGAGCUCCAGGGCUGAUCCUUUCUCCGCCUCGACAUUACAUGGCUACGGCGGUCUGAACCACCUGAACAUGAACCUCGGAGCCCAGCAUCACGGAUCCGGUGCAUUCUUCCGCUACAUGAGGCAACCGAUAAAGCAAGAACUCAUCUGCAAGUGGCACGAACCGGAACUGUCGCCGAAGAAACUCUGCUCGAAAACUUACAGCACGAUGCACGAGCUGGUAACUCAUGUGACGGUGGAGCAUGUCGGUGGCCCGGAGAUGGCUAACCAUAUCUGCUUCUGGGAAGAAUGUCCCAGAGAAGGAAAACCUUUUAAAGCCAAGUACAAACUUGUAAAUCAUAUCAGAGUACACACCGGAGAGAAACCAUUUCCAUGUCCCUUCCCCGGCUGUGGAAAAGUAUUUGCUCGAUCGGAGAAUCUGAAGAUCCACAAGAGGACUCACACAGGUGAGAAGCCCUUCAAAUGUGAGUUUGACGGCUGUGACCGACGUUUCGCCAACAGCAGUGACCGGAAGAAGCAYUCCCACGUGCACACCAGCGAUAAGCCCUACAACUGCAAAGUGAGAGGCUGUGACAAAUCCUACACACACCCCAGCUCGCUCCGAAAACACAUGAAAGUCCACUGCAAGUCUCCACCGCCGAGCUCUGGCUACGAGUCAUCAACCCCGUCAUUGGUGUCCCCAUCAUCGGACUUAGGCCGAGAGCCAGGGUCCUCGUCGCUCUCGGAACCAGCAGCCUCGUGCCAGCCMGCCAAUUUAAGAGAGUGGUACGUCUGUCAUAGUUCGGGUGCCAGCGGCACUCAGACACCCCCCAGCGGCUCCCCCAGCCCUGAUCCCGGGGAUGAGGCACUCUACAGACACCCUGAGCCAAGGGACGCGUUCUAAACAAAAUUGGCCCAUAAAAUAAUUAAAAACAUAUCAAAGAUACUUUAUAAUAUGCCCAUGGACUCAAAAAAUCAACAUAUCGAGAAGGUCUAUUUUCUAAGGCCCAAAUCAUUCAAUGCACUGGCAUAUCGACAAAAUAAGAAACUGUCAAAUUGUAGUUUUGUGAUCGCUUUCUUAUAUCCCCCUGUGGAUGAGUAUGAACCAGUAUUCUGUACAUUUGUUCAAGUGUCUCGUACUGGUUAAUUGUAUGUUUGUAUGUUGUUGUAUUACUUUGUAAAUCGAGUUUUGAAUUCAAUAUCUUUUUAAUUUAUUUUUUGAAUCUGACAUGAACAUUUUUUUGUAUUAUCGAACCAAAGUGUUUCAAUAUGAAAAAUAAAUGAAUGUACAUUUGUAAAUUGCUAAAAUUCMACGUGUAAGUGUUAACAGUAAUGUUGUAAUCUUUGAUCUUUCAGACAUUUUAAUUGUUUGUUUUCUUUUAUUUGUAUAAAUUAAAUAAUUGAGAAGUUUUGAGUUUCAUACAGACAUAUUUUCUCCUAUUGAUUGUUUUCAUAUAGUCUAUUUGAUAUUACCAACAUUUUACAUUCAUACAUGUUUGGUCAACGUGGUCAUUUUUGUGAUUUGGUCAAUCUUGUCAUUAUUUGUUAUUAAUGCAUUUUUAUAAAAAUGUUGUCCUAUCGAGAAAAGAAACUGCGUUGUAAUUUGUCAGUAUUUUGAAUAAAUCGUGUAUGAU